AUGAAUUCUUCAACUAUAGAAAACACUCAGAAACAACCCACUGGGUCUUUCACAGAAACCGUUAUCACUCCAAGUCCAGAAAACAUAAAAGCCCAUGAAUUUGAUUCAGAGAUUUCAUUAUCCACACCUUCCACAGUUUCUAUUCAAAAUUAUUUGUUAAAACAAGAUACUACUACCAGCCAAUGCUCUGAUUUGGGCCAUGCUCCCGAGUUGAUCUCAGAUGACGCUAAAGAUUCUUCAGAAUCAGAAGAUGACUACAUGUAUGACUCUGAAGAGGAGGACGAGGAAAACGAACCUAAAAACAACAACAGAUUUAACUCUACGAUGAAAUCAUAUUACGAUUGUAGCAUGCAAUUUACAAGUCCAAUGAUAAAUCCUAAAAAACUUGAUUCAUUAAAUAAAGGAGGAUUCUCAACCAUGGGAGGCUUAAGACUUCCUGGAUUAAAAAAGAUGGAGGAACAAGUUUUAACAGAAGAAGAAGACGAAGAUCUUUAUUGA